ACAACAAUAAAUACGUGUACACUUCGCCGCCACCGCCGUUGUUGUUACUCAACGGCGUUCGUCUCCGCCCGAACUAUAUUUAAACGAUCUCGACACCAUUUACGGAUGAAUCCACGGAUCGGGUUCUCGGGGAGAUUGACAACGGAAAGACGAGAAAUCGGAGGGUUUAAAUGGGAAUGGAGUUUGCGACGUCAUUAUGAGGGAACAUACUAAGGUGUUGAUGACGAAGAAAAAUAUACUGAAAUGCCUGAACAGUGCGAGUUAGAGAAAGCUUAGCACCUCCCUGUAUUUGAAGCAUACAAUUUUACCACAUUCGUUCGUUCAUAUUCUAUUACCGACGUUUGUUGUCAAUUUUUUCUAACAGAUUGCCACGAAUACUCUAAAAGAUUCUCAAGUGGACUUAUCGACAAAUCGUACGCAUUACAAUCAUUGUCGGCACUUGGGUCGUAUUUCCCAGCGUGUCGUACAAUUUAUUAAUUGAAAAAAAAAAGUCUUGUACAUUCUGUUAGCAACAGUAAUAUCGUUGUGACGUGUUCGGAAGGGGCGAUCGUUGUUGGCUCAAUCAUCCCAAAUAGGAAAUACUAAUUUCUUUUCGCCGAAAUCACGACACCGACGCUAUGUCUAAGAUUACGUCAUCAGCAACACUCUUCUGGCACUCUGGUCGCCUUCAGAUGCGUUUUACUUUAAUGAUGGCAACGAUCACAAUUACAAUCGCAGCAGCAGUAGCUGCGGUAGUCGGACGACAUGCGAGAGCGGUUUUCGCGGCGUUUUCGAAAAUAAGACGGACGCGUUUCCGUCCGUCGUCGCAUGUGGCCCAAUCGGACAACGACAUCGACCUGCGGCGCACACUCGGACGUGUCAACGAUGCGAUCGACGGCGGCGGCCGGAGAGAAACUGCAGCGCACCACAAUAAUAAUAUACACGUGUAUACCUAUAAUGGUGUAUACCUAUAUUACUGUGCUACAGCGGUAGUGCUACGGAACGGAGUGGUAGUGGUAGCGACGGCGGCGGUUACGAGUUACGACGGUUGCGGCCGCGGCGGCGGUAGUGGCGACGAGGUGGCGCGGUGUUUAAUCGUGUUGUCGCCGCACCAGAUCGCCGUAUAGUCGCACACGCCGCGCGCGCAAUCACUCGUCAGUCGACGCACGCUAACGUACCGAGUGACCGGUGUCCGCGCGCGUUCGAGGUGUGCAUGUCCCGCUCGUUGUUCUACAGUGCUAUGCUCACGCGAACGAUCGCAUCCCGGUGCAGGUGCGCGCAGUCGACCACUUUCACGUCACCGUCGUCACCGUUCCCGCGCGUCAGUGCUACACGGUGCUAGGAUAGUCUCGCGGCCUCCAAGUCGCCGGAGAUCGUUGUCGCAACACCGCUCGCACGUACGGCCCGCGGAUCAGAGUUCUGAUAACACGCGGUCGGCAUUCGUAUGGUGGUGGCGUAGCACCGGGGGAACAGUUACAUCCGACCGCGACCGAUGGCCGACACGGUGGUCGUGUCGGAAGACGCGACCGCGACCAGCACUACCGCGCUCGUCGACCAGAUAACCGUGGCCAAGACGUUCGCCAUGCUCGUGCUGGGCCUGGGCUCGUUCGUGUUAGGCGUCGUGCCCAUCAAGCUGACCAAGUGGUGGCGCAAGGACCCGGCGGACCCGAUGGCCGGCCGCGCCGUAGCCGGCCACUCGCACGGCGGCGACUCGGCCACCGGUUCGCCCGUCGUCUCGCUGUUGCUGUGCUUCGGCGGCGGUGUGCUGCUGUUCACCACACUACUACACCUGCAGCCCGAGGUGCGCGAGGGCGUGAGCCGGCUGCAGCAGGCCGGCCACUUGCCUAACGACCAGGGCACCGAGCACCUGGGUGACCUGAUCUUUUGCGCCGGGUUCUUCAUGGUUUUCAUUAUCGACGAGAUCGUACACUCGGUGCUGGACCGAUUCGCGGCCGACCACGCGGACCGAGGCUCCGCCGAGGAGGUGCUGCACCGGUCCAUGAGCCUGAGGCGGCGCACCAUGUCCAUACCGCGGGCCUCGCUGGCCGGCUCGCCUAGCUCCAUACCGUCGUCGGCGGACACGGGCGUCGGCACGUCCACGGCCAGCAUCAGGGAGCUGCUCAAAGAGUCCAAGGGCAAACGGUACCGGACGUCCGCGUGGGACGCGCCACCGCCGCCCGGUGCUGCACCCGAAGACCCGCGCCACCACCGGCACUUGCACUACCACGACAACCAUCAGCAAACGCACAAGAGACCGCUGCCUAGCGCCGAGGACGCCGAGAAGCAGACUGCCAAGUUGGACCACGUCGACCAGUCGGACGACCGAGGCGUCGCCGGCCAGUCAUUCCGUGGUUUGUUCGCCGUGCUAGCACUCUCGUUCCACGAGGUGUUUGAGGGCCUGGCCAUCGGGCUGGAGGAGCGCGUCGACAACAUGUGGUACCUUUUUAUCGCCGUGGCCACGCACAAGCUGGUCAUCGCCUUCUGCAUCGGUCUAGAACUGGCCUGGUCGAAAACCCGCAGGAUCGUGCUUGUUAUGUAUGUGGCUACGUUCGCCGUGGUAACGCCCGUGGGUAUCGUCAUCGGCAUGGUGCUGGUGCACUGCGGUUCCGGCGGUUCCGUGGACGGGUCACCCGGCCGCGUGGCCGUCAUACUGCAGGGUCUGGCCGCUGGUACGCUGCUGUACGUCGUGUUCUUCGAGGUACUCGCCAGACACAAGCAGUCCGGGUUCCUGCACCUGCUGUCCAUCAUGUUGGGCUUCUGCAGUCUGCUGAUACUCCAGACGAUGACUCAUCAUCAUAGUCACGCCCCGGUUAAUAACGAUCAUCAUCAUCAUCAUUUGGAUCACGACCACGUACACGAUCAUUCGUCUCACGAUCACGUACAUGAUCAUUAGAAUUUAUAAAUUCUCCGAGUUACCAAGUAUUUUACUAAGCCCAGCGUGAUCUUAUUUUAAUGUAUACUACACAAAUUACUGUAUUUUUUUUAUUAUUAAGUUUAGCCAAUAAACCAUUUAUUUUA